UUUACGUGGUGGCACAGAUGCUCCCACUGCCUUGGAUAUAAAUCCAGGCAGGAUGAAGCAGAGCAGGUCUUGAGGCAAAGAACCUAGGACUUCUGAUUGCUGAGCUUUCAGCCAAAGACAUCUUCUCCAGAAGGGUGAAUCCAGAUUCUCGAAGCACUGGUGGCAGAGACUGACCAUGGAGAGGCUGUUGUGGUGUUUCCUGGUCUUGAUCAGCUUCUCUAGUCUUUCGGGCCAGACAGACUUGCAUAAGAAGGCCUUCGUGUUUCCCAAAGAGUCGGAUUAUUCCUACGUAUCCCUGAAAACACAGUUAAAGACACCACUCACCGCCUUCACCGUGUGUCUCUAUUUCUACACAGAGCUGGCCCCAAUCCGCGACUACAGCAUUUUCUCUUAUGCCACCAAGGAGCAAUAUAACGAGAUCCUCAUAUUUUGGUCUAAGGGUAAAGGCUAUAGUUUUAGUGUGCGUGGGAGGGAGGUAUUAUUCCACAGUCCUGGAAACGCUGAUGCUCCAACACACAUCUGUGCCACCUGGGAGUCUGCCUCCGGAAUUGCAGAGCUCUGGGUGAAUGGGAAACCCCGGGUGAGGAAGAGUCUGCAGAAGGGAGCCUCUCUGGGGACAGACGCCAGCAUCAUCCUGGGGCAGGAGCAGGAUGCGUUCGCUGGGGCCUUUGAUAGAAACCAGUGUUUGGUGGGAGACAUUGGAGAUGUGAACAUGUGGGACUUUGUGCUGUCUCCAGAAGAGAUUAACGCUGUCUAUAAUGGUGGGACCCUCAGUCCUAAUGUCCUUUACUGGGAGGAACUGAACUAUGAAGCAAACGGUGAGGUGUUCGUUAAACCUCAGCUGUGGUAGUGAGGUUGGGCUGUGGUCCUGGAAGUGCUUCCUGGCAAUUCCACCUUAUGGCUCUGGACCUCCGCCACCCCGAUACGCACCUCUGCAGGCAUGCUCUGUGAACACAGGCUUUUGCUUCCCUGCUCUACCUUCCUCAACACCAGCAAUGGAAUUUUUAAGUAUCUGGCUUGGGAGAUUGGAAAGCUUAUUGUCAGGAAGCAUUUAACAGGAGGCUUCCUAUGUGCUGUUUUGGAUCUGUCAGGAAUCCUCUGGUCCUUAUUAAUUCCUGAAUAUUCAGGAAUUAAGAGGAGAGGCAUGCCUUUCCCAGUGCUGAGGAAUCCAGGCAUUUCUCAUUACGGUGAUAAGUACCCUCUUCCUUUUUAUGAACCAUACGGUAAAAAAUGAUUGUUUGCAACUUUCUGUCUUUGAUAGGAAUCGUCUUAUGUUUUGUAAGUCUGGAAUUUUAAUCUUUAUCUUUGCUGAGAAUAACUACCUUGUAAGACAGUAUAUAUGCCCACACCAUGUUUAUUAAAACACCUUUCCU